GAGACAACUAGUCACAGACUGACUGACCCCAAUCAGCAUGUCUUCCAAAGUUUCCCUCACAGGCACUAAAGCCAAGAACCAGCCCCAUGUAAGCCAGCCGCCGCCGCUGCUGCAGCAGCAAGAGCAGCAGCCGUUCCCAGAGGCCAAUGCUGAAGCCAUCAGUUUCCUUAACUCUUUCAAGUUGGAGGAACUUCUGUUCUUCUCUGAGACUCUGGCCAUCGUCUCCGACACGGGGGAACCUCAGGGAGAGCUGACCAUCGAGGUGAAGAAAGGGAAGUACAAGGACAACCUGGGCAUCCUGACCCACUCUGUAAUGGUUCACGCCUUUAGCCGAGGCUUCCUGGAUAAAUCGCUGUGUGGAAGCUCCCUCCUAGGCUACCUAACCAAUAAACUGGAGCUAAUGGAGCAGCACAGCCACGAGUUCAUCAAGUUUCCCAUCCUCCCCAUGGAACGGAAGAUGAGCAUUCUGAGGCAGGAUGACCAGAUGGUUGUGACCAGAAGUGUCAAGGAGGGCGAGGAAACGAAGACUGGAGUCUCUGUUUUCCCCUGUCAAUCACUUAAGGGCUUUGUCUCCAAUAUCGCCAAUCUGGUGCUUCUGAGAGUGAUGGCUUGGAGACAGUCAGUGCCCAGCGGUGCUCGCUUCCUGGCCUUGGACACGGAGGGCAAACUAUGCUAUUGCACCUAUCAAUCCCUGGGCUUCCAGACAAUCCAAGUGGGCCACCAGCAGGCUGAAAUGUUCAUCGUGGAACAAACCUUACACUCUGAAGAGGGCAUUCCCUUCUCCUGCCAGUUCUACUUGCUCUCUGAUGGGCACCUGGCUAAGAGAAUCCAGGUGGGCUCUCCAGGGUGUUGUAUCAUCACCAAGAUGCCCCUCUUGAGGGAAGAGGAUGUGAUUGAGCCUCCGCCCCAGUUUGCUAAGAAGCCCCUGGUGUGGGAGGAAGACAUGGAGCUAUACUCGAAAUUCCUGAACCGGAAGGAGCAGCUACGCCUCAGCCACACCAGCUUUCUGCGGCAGCACCCCGAGGCCCAAGCGCUGAUCUCCGACUUCCUGCUCUUCCUGCUGCUCCGCAGGCCGGAGGAUGUGGUCACCUUCGCCGCCGAGCACUUUGGGCCCUUCGCGAAGCUGCGCCCGCCGAUCCCUGCCCUACGAUCCUCACACCGGCCUAACCCUUUCCGCUCGCUGGAGGAGGAGGAAGAGGAGGAGGAAGAAGAGGAGGAGGAGGAGGAGGAGGAGGAAGAGGAGGAGGAAGAAGAGGAGGAGGGAGAGGAGGGAGAGGAGGGAGAGGAGGGAGAGGAGAAGUACUAUUACACCGACUACGGUGACUACUACUUCGAUGAUGAAGACAACAAGGAUGAUAAUGACGACGACGACAACGUCAACGACGAAGACAGCGACAACGAUAACGACGAUGACAUCGAUGAAGUCGAGCAGGAUGACAACGAUGAAGUCGAGCAGGAUGACAACGAUGAAGUCGAGGAGGAUGACAACGAUGAAGUCGAGGAGGAUGACAACGAUGAAGUCGAGGAGGAUGACAAUGAUGAAGUCGAGGAGGAUGAUGGCGACAACCAGGAUUUGGAUCUGGAAAAGGACUAGGCAGACAGAGCUAAGAGCGGGAGACUGGGACUGAUCCGGUCGGGUAUCCAGGCUGCGGGUUCCUUUCCCCGGUGCUACCCGGUCAGCAGGGACUGCCUCUGGCUAGCAUCUCUUGUCAAAAAUGCAAAGCUGUAAUUUUGUUUA